UCUAGCAACUGUGCUCGCGUCUUUCGUCGUGCCUCGAUAAGAUCUGCUGGCCGCCAUCUCAUCCGACUGCGGAAGCACGCUGUUCUCACUCGACUUUCAUUCCGUCGUCGACACAGGAUACGGUAUGUCUACUCGCGGCGUUGCAUGUGGGAGAGCUGUUGGCAAACAAGUGGCGCAAGCCGAGCUCGCACCGAAGAAAGGUCGCCACGAUCCCCUGAAGAGAAGGACCGUCCAAGGUGGGAAGACCGAAGUCCGGCGAGAGGUGGAGUCCGCUUGGGUGGAUGCAGAGGAGACACAGGUGGAGGACGAUGACUUCGAAGAAGAAGGGGAGCAGACUCUUGAGAGAAGAGUGAAGCAGAGGAUGACGGGCGCUGCGCGGAUGGAAGCGGGGCGGGGGGUCGCCGCGGAGGCGGGGCAUGAUCAGCAGCGGACGUCGUCGAUUGGCCUGUUGGCGUUGCAAGCAGUUCCCAGGCCGUCAUCGACUCGUCGACGACACGCGGGCGAUGGCGGGACAGUAGGCGAAGACGACGAAGCGCUAGUGAACAGGAUUCGUGGGCAACGUGCCGAAGCGAAAGCGAUGGAGGUGGCCGCGGGGCUCUGGACGGACGACAUUCGGUUCUGGAAUCAAAUGCGGGGACACGAGAUCAUCCAGAUCAUACACGAAGCCCGUGUGUACCUCGUUGACGUGGCGACGGGAGUGCAGUCAUCACCGAUCCGAAGGAGCAUCAACCUCCCCCAUAGUUCUAUCCCUGUGAAGAAGAUCGAAGACGGGUCGGAGUUGACGGCGGCGAAGGAAAGGGCGCUGAAGGUGGAGACCAUUGCGAAGAGAGCAAUCCACGGCUGGAUUUUCAAGUCCGAAAGCAGACACAAGGGGUAUCAUUUGGCGUACCAAUACGCCUUGAGCCACGCGGCGACUGACAUCGCCAGAGCGAUGUGGGCAGCGGAGGAUUGGCGCUCGUCCCUGGCGGAGGCGAUGAGAUAUCUUCUCGCGGCGGCGACGUGGAUUAUGAGGAUGGCUGGGGACGACGCGAGAUCGCACUUUGAUGCCUGGGUUUUCGUGCAGCUAAUGGCGAAGACCACCCUUCUUGCUUCCAUGGAGCGCCAUUUCGACUCCCGUCGUCAUGUCUUGCUGGCAGCAGCUGUCAUGACCGAGAAACUUGGAAGACCGCCUCCGACCUUCGCUCCCCCCCCGCUGUACAUCCCCGACUGGGCGUCGAAGUGCGACGUCACGUUCAAUCACGAUGCGACGUUGUCCUCCCCGAUGGAAGCGACGAAGACGGAUUGGAUCGCCACAGACCACCAUGAGGGGGAAGAGUCGGACGACGACGAUGUUCAUGGCGCCGAGGGUGGGUGACAGUGGGAGUCCAAGUCGAUGGGCUACCGGCGAGGGUGGGUGAUAGUGGGGGUCGACGAUGAUGACGGCGGGGAGGAUGUGUAGAUGACAGGGGGAGUGUGUUUCGCUUUCCGCCGCUUGUAUCUAUGCUUUGGUGGGUGUACGCACACGUGCUUUGCGGCGUUCGGUGUUUACUUAAAAACUUGUGCUUGUUAGUGCGUGUUUUCGCUUUUUGUUAUCAUGACAAACGGUGGAUACACUGUUCUCGAUUUUAAGGCCGUGUUAUGUCAGUUUGAAA